AUGUGUUCACUCAAUCAACCCCUGUGGCGCUUACUCCAUGGAAGCAGGUAAAGAACUGUGCUGCUGGUGUAUAAGUUUGUUUGGCAAAGCUGCUGAUUUACUGUGCAAAUUAAUCAUCAAAGAACUUAGGGCAAGGCCCUUGUGUUUCUAAGUAAAUAUCAACUAUGCAUAGUCUGCCUAGCUUUCAUCUAAAAACCACAGCACUUUUAUAGUAGAAUACCCCAUGAUUGGCAUACCAUGUGCAAGUAUAAUAGUUUAACAACUUAAGUGGAUGCAUUCUGCUCUAGCAUUAUUUCAGGAUUGUAUAUCAUUUGACAUGGUGUCAGACAACAGCUGAGCAGAAGGGUCCAGGUUCAGUCUGGCAUCUCCAGUUGGAGGGGGUGGAAUUGGGUUGGAGAAGAUCUUUGCCUGAGGCCCAGGACUUGCUUCCACUCUAUAAAUGAUGUUGGGCUACAUGGAUUACUGGUUUGAGACAGCGUAAGAUAGUACCAUGUAUUCAUGAAACAACAAAGGAAUAGCUAUUAAUGAAAUGAUGGAACACUGCAUUUUUAAAAACAUGGGUGAAAUCCAAUAGUGCCAAUAUGCCAGUGAAAUGGAAUACUAUUGACAUAACUGAUUUCUCACCACCUCCUGCAAUCUCCUAUACAGGGUGGCCCAAAAGUAGGUAUACACUUGAAUCAACGAAAUUCAUCAGCAACAGAUGAAAUGGGUACACAUAACUGACACACAACAAAUUGGCAGUUAAAUUUCAGGCUGAUGGAAAGAAUAGUGGAGUCAGAUAAAAUGAUUAUUUUUCUUUACUGAUAUCAUAAAUGAUGACAGCAAACGAGUCAAGAACAAAGUGGAUUCUAAAGCAGUAUACUUACUUUUGGACCACCCUGUAUGUGCCUGUAAAAAUCAGCUUCAGAAGGAUGGAAGCAGUUUUUGGUAGUGCACAGAGUGGAGGAGAGGAAGGGGAAGCACCAUCCUGCAAACAGAAUCACACUCAUAUGCCAUUGGGUUGGAGCCAGAAGACUAGCUGCUCUUAGUUCCCCUUGAACCAAUGGGACAAGUUACGAAUUGAUUUUGUUCCUGUUGAUUUCAAUGGUAACUUAAGUUCAACUCAGUCUGUUUUGAAUGAGCAUUUUUUUUUCCAACAGCAGAUGGCAACAUACUUUCACUAGAAGUAGAAAUAAAGUGUAGAUCUCACAGAACUCGCAAGAUUGAAGAUACAGUACAGUACUUAAAACAGUUAAACAUUUAAAAUACAGUUCUAUGAUCAUGAUAGCAUAGAUAGCAUAUUUCCCUCUAAACCUUUACGUAGUUGCUAAUGCAAACUAUGAAGAGCUCAGAUUUGGGGGGGAUUUUUUGCAGACUACAAAUAAUAAAAUAAUUGCUAUGUCUCCUGUUCCAAAACAAGUGAGAUGAAAAUACACUGUUAUGAAAUCCCAUUUCUGCCCAUUGAAAUUAGGUGUCUAUUUGAAUGUAUCUAUAUAUAUGAAUGCAUACAUUCACAAGGUAUUGUCUGAAUGCACACAAGACACACACCCUUGCUAAAGCUAAGCCAUUCUGAGUUUGGCCAGUGAUGGUUAACCUCUCAGAAAAGGUUAACAUUUUUGUUCCAUAAAGGAAGAAGGGCAGGAUAUAAAUGUCAGAAAAGAAAUAAUAAAUGCAUUCUAAGUGAAUAUCAAGAUAACAUGCUUAAGGAAGCACCUGCUAAAUUGUUCUUAAAAUCCAUAGACUGCAGUGGGAUUAAGAACUAUGAUCACACGACUGCUCCAUGUAUGCACAGUUAUUUCCAGCUGCCAACCUCAGAUUGUAUCAUGCAAUAGUAAGUCCACCUUACUAUAUGUGUAGUAGUGCAGGAUUGCUUCCUUGAGGAAGCAAGCAUGAUAGUUAAUCAGAAGUUGUGUUUUACUUUAAAGAGAAUUGCAUAUAACAUAUUCCUUGGAUUAGAACAGCAUAUCCAGACCUUAAUCUCUAGCACUGACCUUGGCAAAGUCAAAUUAGUGUGAUCCACUGCUGAUCCAGUUUUCUGAGCUAUGGAUUCCAUUUUGUGUGCCUGUACUUGUCCAUUAUCAACCAGUCAUUUGGAAUUUACAAGUCUGUGUGCAAGACAGACUUUCCAAAGUGCAGGGUAUGGCAGGCAGAUGCAUUGGCCAAUCUGAUGCCCUCCAGAUGUUUGGAGCUACAACUCUCAAAGCUGAAGGGAGCUGUACUCCAGAACAUCUGGAGGGCACCAGGUUGGUGAAGGCUGGCUUUUAUAGUAAGAGUGCUUGUCUAAGUACUUCUGUUGUGCUUAUAUGAAUGGCCUGACAUAUAAACAGCAGAGUAAUUGAAUUUGUUGCCUAUUCCCCCACCCCAUCCCAGUUAUUUACUUUAUUUACUUCAGAAGAGUAGGUACUUUGAACAAUGUCAGUGAACAGAUUUUGGCAUAAUUUUUUUUGCCACAGCUAUAAAGAUAUUGAUUGUACUGUGGAAUGCAUCAUUGAAAAACACUGCUGGGUGGAGUUCAUCUUCAGUGAAAAACUGGACAGCUGCAAUAAAGCAGCUCUGGUAAGCAUGUAUUGACAUAUAAACAUUGCCUUUGGUUUUUUUGAGCUGUCAAAUAACAGGUGUCUCAUCCUGAAAGAACGAUGCCAUGAUCUGCUGCUGUUGUCUCAGAAAAGGUGUGGAUAUGUUGCACUGGGAUAUAUAAUUGAAAAAUAGAGCAUGCUAACCCCCUAACUAAAAAAAAAAAGGUAAUAGGUUGGAUCUAGACUUCAUCAUGCUUAAGUGUAGAUAGAACUCAUUGAUCUCAGUGGGUCGUGAAUUUAAGCAUGGCUAUGUCUGAGUCCAACCCAAUGUAUGCUUGUAUUCAAGACCAAAGAGGUAACCACUGAAAUAUUAUUCAUAUUUACCCGUAGUUUAUUUACAAGAUGCAUGUUCUCUGCAGGAAGCAGCCAGAGUAAUUUAGAAAUUGUGAAGUAAAUACUCUUGCCUUUUUUCACAAUGUCUCUGUUGUGCUGCCUAGGAAGGUGUAGCUGUGGUUAAAGACAAGUAUGUGUAAAUAUUAUCCAACAUUAUAUUAUAUUACAAUCUAGUAAAUGCUUCAUACUAUGCUUUUUGUUAUCAACUUUUAACAAGCAGGGCAUUGCAAAAGUGAAAUUAAAGGAACAAACUGAAAUCUCCUAAUUUUGUUUCCCCCGCUCCAUAACCAAUUCCCUUAGGUAAAUGUCUUUAUCUGCAUGUUUACAAGAGAGUGUUCAAAUAGUAAGACAAAUUGUGCUGGAUCUUUUCAUGUGCUAAUUGAGCACUUCUAAACCAAACAUAAGAAAAUUUAUUUUUUCAUUUUUUUCAAUAUAUAUUUUCCCUGGCCGUUUGGUAGUGAGUGGUGUACCUCUCUGAUCCUGUUCCAAAAAAUUAUCUGGGAUUACAGCAGGAAUCUUAACAGAUAAGUAGGGAGAUCUUCGGUGCUGGGUUGAGUUGAAGUCGCCCCUCCUGUAAUUACCUUGAUUUUAGUAUAUUUUUCUUUGUGUUAAAAUGGGCAAUCUUUCAGUCUUGGACAUGUCUGAUCUUGAUCCUGUUAACUAGAGAUUGUAUGUCAUUAUUUUGAUGUGCCUGUUCUUGGUGCUGUCACAGUUCCUGAAGAGAAUGAUGCAACACAGCUGACAGGCAGAACAAAACACAUUUUUCAGCAAAGACCGUCAAACGGUUCCUUCAAGGGCAGAAGCUUGUUGGCUUUCCAUGCACAGAAUUGUUAGUUAGAAGUUAAAUAGAGCAUUGUGUAAACAUGGGCUGCUCUUUCAUUACAGGUGACCAAGAAUAUAUUUCGUUUCCAUCUGUGUUGGCCUUGCAUCAAGUCCAGGCUUAAGAUAAGGCCUAAGAUUAAUUGA